AGUUCGACACGACGCGAGGGAAGUGAUAUACUUAUUGUCGUAUCCAUCUUCGAAUACGGAACGUAAACAAUGCGUUCAAGAAAAAUUUGAUAUAAACAUUAACCAAGUUAAUAGAAAACUUAACUUCAUGUGAACAAUAGUGUAAUUAUUGAAUUUUAUCUUUUUUCUAAGUUUUUGUCAUCGACAGGUUUUCCGUUCAGUGACCCGACCGGCGUUUUCAAUUUACAAAGGUGUUGCAGUCAUCAUAAUUUCAAAGAACAUUUCUUUUAUCACAUUGACACGUUUCAACUCGAGUUUCAUUCAAAAAGAAAAUAUCGUUUGUGUUUUCACACCACGUGUAACAAUGGCGUUCUGUUUGGAAUACACCGCAAAGUUUUUUAUAUUAGUGACUGUGAUAGUUCAACUCAAUUUAUUUAAUGUGGCUUACGCGGAUUUUGAAAACAGCUGGACGAUGUAUAUGGAGCAGCCCUGUUGUUCCGGUACGGGACCGCAUCAUGUUCGACAUCACAGAGACCAUGUUCGAGAAUUUACUUGUGGAAUGAACUACUACCGCACUUUUCAUCUAGACAGUAAAGGUGAAACACUCUAUGUUGGAGCCAUGGACCGCGUCUACCGACUGAACUUGAGCAAUAUCAACCAAUCAAGUUGCGAGAGAGAUGCUCUCAAUUUGGAACCUACCAAUGUGGCUAGUUGUGUAUCUAAAGGAAAAUCAGAGCAUUUUGAUUGUCGAAAUCACAUAAGAGUUAUACAAUCAAUGGGAGAUGGAAGUAGGCUGUACGUUUGUGGAACUAACGCUCAUAAUCCCAAAGAUUGGGUUAUAAAUGCAAAUUUGACUCAUCUUCCUCGGAAUACGUUCGUGCCUGGUAUAGGUAUGGGUAUCGCGAAGUGUCCUUACGACCCCGCUGACAAUUCCACCGCAGUAUGGGUUGAAAAGGGUAAUCCUGGAGAUUUAGCUGGAUUGUAUUCUGGAACUAAUGCAGAAUUCACAAAGGCCGACACUGUCAUUUUUAGAACAGACUUACAUAAUUUAACAACGGGAAGAAAAGAAUACAGUUUUAAGAGGACACUGAAAUAUGAUUCUAAAUGGCUGGAUAAACCGAACUUCGUUGGAUCUUUCGAUAUCGGGGAAUAUGUUUUAUUCUUCUUCAGAGAAACCGCCGUGGAAUACAUCAAUUGCGGCAAAAGCGUUUACUCUAGGGUCGCUAGAGUCUGCAAAAAGGAUACAGGAGGAAAGAAUAUCUUAUCGCAGAACUGGGCCACUUAUCUCAAAGCUAGACUUAACUGUUCUAUUCCAGGAGAAUUUCCGUUUUAUUUCAAUGAAAUCCAGAGUAUCUACAAAGUUCCUGGCGAUAACAAUAGAUUUUAUGGCACCUUUACUACAUCAACAAAUGGACUAAUGGGUUCUGCCAUUUGUUCAUUUAGCCUUUCGGACAUCCAAGCGGCUUUUAAUGGCAAAUUCAAAGAACAGGCUACAUCUUCUUCUGCAUGGUUACCUGUUUUAUCCGGUAGAGUUCCCGAACCACGACCAGGAGUUUGUGUGAAUGAUACGGAAACUCUUCCAGACACUGUAUUGAAUUUCAUCCGCAGUCACCCACUAAUGGAUUCUGCAGUUAUGCAUGAGAACGAAAAACCUGUAUUCUUCAAAAGGGAUAUUUUCUUCACGAGAUUGGUCGUUGACAAGAUUAAGGUAGAUAUUGGAGGUGCUGUUUUGGACUAUACCGUUUAUUACGCAGGAACAAAUGAUGGUAGGGUACACAAAAUCGUGGAAUGGACCAGAGACCAGGAUUCUUCGUCGAUCCUUCUAGACGUUUUCGACGUAACUCCUGGAGAGCCAAUUCAAGUAAUGGAAUUAUCAAAGUCACACAAAGCUCUCUAUGUAGCAUCCGAUUUUAGAGUUAAGCAAGUCGAUUUGGUGAUGUGUAACAGAAGAUACGAUAAUUGCUUAAGAUGUGUACAUGAUCCAUACUGUGGAUGGGAUAAGGAUUUAAAUGUUUGUAAACCGUAUUCUCCGGGUCUGUUGCAAGAUGUAUCUAACAGCACCCAUGAUGUUUGCGAUAGUAGUGUAGUGAAGAAGAAAAUGGUGGUUACUUGGGGACAAAGCCUGCACUUGGGCUGCUUCCUCAAAAUGCCAGCAGUUCUUUCUUCUCAAACUAUAACUUGGUAUCAUUAUUCCAAAGAAAAAGGACGUUACAAGAUCCAAUAUCGACCUGACAAAUACGUUGAAACCUCUGAACAUGGCUUAGUAAUAAUUGCAGUUACUGAAUCUGACGCUGGAAGGUACGACUGCUGGAUGGGUGCCUCAUUGUUAUGUUCAUUUAAUGUGACUGUUGAUGCUCAUCGGUGUUCACCGCCUGCCAAAAGUAAUGAUUAUCAAAAGAUCUAUUCAGAUUGGUGUCAUGAGUUUGAAAAAUAUAAGUCUGCCAUGAAAACAUGGGAAAAGAAACAAGCGCAAUGUUCAACACGUCAAAACGCUAGCAACCAGAACAGCCAUCCAAACGAAAUCUACCGACCGUUGGUGUGAUAGCUCAUCGAACGCGGGCCAUUGGCACUUACAUAUUUAGGUAUUCCUCUUUAUUGGACUCUCGUUUUAUUCGUGUAAAUAUUUCACUUCUUUCGAGAGACAAAACUACGGCCGAUUGUAUAUUCAAAGCAAUCGGCGGAAGUGCCCUCUUUUUGUGAUUGAUGGAAGACAUCUUAACCGUUUUCUCCCGAUAGUGCUUGAAUUUUUAUGCUUUUUGUCUUAUUUUAAUAUAUAUGUAUGACACGCCGUAACCGAUUUACAGUGUGUUUAAGUCGUUUCUCAAAUACAUUAUUUAUAUUUGUUCAAAGGGCUUAAAAAUUUAUAAAAAUAAAUUAUGAUAUAUAAAAACACUAUGGGGAUUUACUGUUGGCAUGUUUCAUUCCAAAUUUUAAACUUCUUACAUAAAAAAUGAAAUUUACUACAUAAAUUAUUUUCGAUAAUAAUUAUUGUAUUCCCUAAUGAAGACUUCCACAAAUAUUGAAACUGAGUAGAUAGAUAAAUAAUAUCAGUUGAAUUUCUAUAGAUGUUUGCAAUAUAAAGUUCUUUAUGUACAGAUGUUGAUUUUAGUCAGGUUCAUGUUCUUCCAAUUUCUACAUUUAUAUUCAAUUUAAAACUUCAUUGGAAAUGAAGCUCAUGUCUUUUAGUUUAUGGUGAUGAAGAAAAUUUGUGUAAAUAUCGAAAUAUGUCGGGCAUAGUAAUAUUAAUUUGAAGCUUGCAUUGUCUUAUGUUUCCUUAUUUUUCUAUAUUAUCUAAUAUGCUCCUUCCAGAUUUUCUUGUAAAUUUGAUUUUCUUUUUAUUACAAAUAACUAAAUUUGUCGACUAAUUAUAUAUCCCAGUACUUUGGGUUAUUUUUGAAAUAUUGGAUUUGUUUUAUUAUCAAUUUUAUAUAAACUUGAUCUUUAUGGCUGUUGAGAAAAAAUUUGAGUCUUAUUUUUUAAAUAGGUAGAAUAUAUGUCAUCUGCUUUAAGUGUAAUUAUAAUAUAAUAUAUAUAUAUAUAUAUAUAUAUAUAUAUAUAUAUAUAUAAUAUAAAUACAUUGAAUAUGUCAUUAAAAUAUGUUCCGUCAACCGGGGUGAAGUUGGACAAUUUUUAGCGUUUUUGGCAAAUAAAUUUUUUAUCGUAACUUCCAAAAUUUUGAAAAAAAUCAGUAAGAUAGUUCCAUAAUUACCCAACGCAAAUGUCACAUUAAAUAUUUGAUAGUAUUAAUCAGUUUUUAUUUUUUAUUUUUUAAAUUUUGUCCAACUUCAACCGCAUUUUGGGGCGGGAUUGGACAAGCCUUGUUUAAUGGCUUAAACGUCAAUUUUCCACCUUCUAAUGAUGGAGUUGGACACAGGACAUAUUUUUAAAAAGGUUUUUGAUUAGAUUUGCCAUUAUUCAGUACAAAUAAUAAUAUCCAACGGUGAUAAAUGAACAAAUGUUUUAUUAAUAAAAAAAUUAUUCAAAAAAUUAAAACAAAAUUAAAAAACGUAACAAUACUUCUGAAAAUAACAGUACAAAAAUAAAAAUCACUUCUAAAUUCUUAAGAAGGCUUUUAAGAAGGGCUUAACCGAUGCUAUCAUAAUCUAAUGCUUCAGUAAAUUGAAUGCGUUCUCUUCGUAAAUCAAUGGGUUUUUUCAGAAUAUAGAAAAUUUCUUUUUGUGUAACCUCGGCAGAGUCUUCGACAUUGGGGUAUACAAAAAAAUUACCCAUUUUCUCCGAAUAUUUUUUUCUUAGGAAUGUCACGAAAUAUGUGUUUUCUUCAACGUUAAUGAUCUUGCCCACAAAAUUGAGAUGUCUUUUUUGUGCGACGAACCGCACAAGAACGUAUUGCCCUAUACUGAAACGUGUUGUGGGACUAGGAAUGGAAGGUUCAGUAAGCGUAUUUGGUUGUAUAUCAUAAUCGUUUUCGUUAUCAGUCUCGUCAUUGUUGCUACUUUCAUUAAUACUUUCAUCUUCUGAAGAAUUUUCUUUUUCAAUCCGGUUCAGUUCUCCUGAUUCUAUUAAAUCUUCUCCGUCACUGUCUCCAGGUUAAGUUACACUUCGUCCUGGCAAUAUAUUUAGUCUUUUACCUCUUGGUUUUCUGGUUUUGUUUGGUGGAGGUGUUAGAUUUUCUUUUAUUAAAUCGACAAAACUUUGAGACCAAGCAUCAGUGUCAUUACCAGUGUCACUUUUGUAGUCGGGGAGUUUUUUUAACCCCCUCUCUCUAUCCAGUGGAUAUAUUCCAGCAGAUGCGAAUCCCGCUGUAUAUUGUCCUUUGACCGUAAGCCCAGUUUUUCGAAAGUCUCGUGUAAUAAACGCGGAAAAUCGCUUUUUUGAAAAACUCCUCUAUUGGAUGAUUUCCAACGUCGUAAAACAGCUCUCCACUCGCCUUUUAGUGGUCUGAAGAACGCAACAUCAAGUGGCUGGCAGAGGUGAGUUGAAUUUGGUGGUAAUAAUAUAAAAUGAAUAUCAUUUUUUCUGCACUUUUUUAUGACAUAUGACGAUAUAUGACUAGACAUGUUGUCACCGAUUAAAACUUUUUUGCCUUCAAAUUUUGACAAAUACGGCAAAGCCACUUUUAGGAACCAGUCUUCAAAACAAAACUGGUCGAACCAGCCACUUUUGCUGCGAUUGUACACUGCACCGGGAGGACCAUUUUCGAUCCAUGUAGGGUACAAAUGCUGAGCUUUGUAAACAAUAUAUGGUGGAAGAAUUUUCCCGGAAGCAGAUCCAGCUACCAUAACAGACACACUGGUUUUGGAACUAUCCAUUACAAUGUCACAGUGUUUACUUCCUCUUUUUGUGACAACCCUGAUCUUUCCAGGGUCGUCUGAAAAAUUUGUCUCGUCGUAGUUAACUAUUUGUUCACAAGGGACAUUUUCCAGGGCUACUUGCAGUUCAUCAAAGUAUGCAUUAACGACUUCUGACGUCACUUCGGCUCGAGCUCUUUUGAUAUUACUGGCCAAUCUCACACUCAAUUCAGCAUGCCGUUGUAAAAAAAGUUUGGCCCAUUCCACUCCAGGUAGAUUAUUUUUAAAAAUAGAAACAGUUGUUCCUUGUCUAUCUAAAUAAUGCUUCACUAGUUUUCUUAUGUCAAUAAUUUGUAAAGGAAAAUUCCAUUUUGCUGCUGUUGAAAUCCCGUCGGCUAAUGUGUUCUCCUGUUAUUCACUUAAAGCUGUUUGCCCACCAUAUCGUUGAGUGCAUUUAAUGCCUUUAACAUGAUUAUAUAACGUAGAUUUUGGAACGCUAAACAUUUCGGCGGCCGCUCUUAGAGUCAUUUUUCUUUUUUUUUUUACAGCUUCCACAGCCUUAACCAUCGAUUCAGGUUUAUAAUUUUGGUAAGGCUUUGUUCCAAGCGGUCUUUUAUACUUGCGCACCAUUGUCCAACUUCACCCUGUAAGAGGUACAUUUUUCCAUAGUACGGCCCUGUUUCUCAAUCAACGUUAAAAAUGUGACCUUCAACACUUAUUGUUGGUUAAAUACAUAUCAAAGACUUUGCUGAUAAAAUUUCAUGCAUGAACUAUUACAGAAUAAUUUUCCCCAGCAGUUUUAAAACAAGUGUUUUAAAAUUGACAAAUUUUAUAACAAUAUUUCAGAAUUUUUUUUUUCAUAACUUACCGAAUGCGUCCACACAUAACCACGUUCUUACAAAGCCUGAUGUGUAUGGUUAACGCUGCAACCAAUCACGCAACGAGACAUUGUAUCUCUUUGAUUGCCUAGAUAUAUAUAUUUUAAAUAGGUCCUUUGUCCAACUUGACCAUAAAAGUCCAACUUAACCCCGGGUGACGGUACCUACAUAAAUGAGACAACGCCUUUGAUUCGCCAUGUAAAACUGAACUAAUGAAAUCACAUUUUCAUAUUAUUUCUAUCAACUUGAAGGAAUUAGAAAAAUGUGAACCAGUCUUAAAAUUAUAAAUAGUUAAUCACAGUAUUAUUUUUUACAAUUUUAACUUCAUUAAUUAUUUGGGGAAUAUAUCAGUUUGAAUAUCAUCAUAUCGCACAAUAGAAUAGGUUUCUCAUAAACUUACUAGCCCUUUUACCAACAAAUAUAAUUUUGAAAUUUGAUUAAAUAUUUAUACAGUGUGCUGUGACUAAUGCAUAAACGGUGAAAACGGUUGUUUGGAAUCUUGUUAUUUAUAAGUAAUAAUUAAAUUGUUUUCAAAAUAUUUUCUAGUACAUUUUAUUUAGAUCAAUUUUAUCACCAAUCCAGUGAAAUAACGUACUUGCCACUUUUUAGAAGAUAUCUUAAGAUAAGUUUCCGAUUUUUAAUGUCUAAUUCAGGUUCUAUGAAAGAAAUGUUAAAAUAUGGAAAUAUAUAAAUCAAAACAAAAUUGGAUGCUUUUGAUUUUGUUACUUUCUCAGAUUCGUAUGCUCCCGGUCUAUACCAUAGAAGUUGCAGAACACUGUAUAUGUGAAAAUUUAUUUCUGAGAAACGACAUUAAUUUAAUAUGAUUUUAAUAAAAAAUUCAUCUUUGUACUGGACUGGUCUUGAAACAUAGCAUUAUUUAAAUGAAUUUUAAUAACGCCCAUAUGGAUAUUUUAGUCGAUGUGUAAUGAUGAAAAAAUAGUAAUUUUACACAUUCAUAAUGGCCAAUAUUUCUAUAUCGAUAAGUUUAUUCAUUUUGGCCUCAGAAAUUAUUUCAUCAAGAUUUCAUUCGGUCCGCUAACAAUAUUAAUUAUUAAAUUUAGUUUAAUAACUAAGUGCAUUUAUUGUCAAUUUUCCUAUUCAUGAACAUCAGAACAUUAUCACAAAUAAAAAAUGUGUAAAAUAAGUAAAAAAUCAUAUGUAAACUAAAAAAAAAUAGAAUUGUUAUCCUCUUCAUCAGUCGAGUCGUUAUAAUGUAUGAAAUCUUCUGAAUCUGAGCUGUUUGAUAUUGAUAUAUUCAGCCUUUUUAUUUGCUGUUCCUGAAGACUUUGUUUUUAAUUUUUUUUUACUUUCUUUGUGAAUGAUUCUUCUAAGUUUUUCUAGGAUGGAUGUAGAUGUUAUUAGACUAGUUUUGCCUUUCAUUUUAUUAGAAUUUGCAUCAUAAUUGGAAGAGCUUGAUGGUAUUGAAUAAACUUCUUUUGGAAAGACAAGAAAAUCACCUUUUUCAGACUUGUCCUUGGUAGAAUCUGAUUAUGCUGCAGGAAUAGCAAUAGAUUUCUUGAACAUAGGAAGGUCCAGAGCUUCAGUUCGCUUAUUUUCAUUAUUAGUUCUUUCCUUUAAAAGCGGAUUUUGUUCUUCUUCCAAAAAGUCGGUGAAGACAUUUUUGUUGUUUUUCUAAAGGAAUUGAUUGAAACUUCCAUUGUUGCAGCCCGAGUAUAAGCUUUUCCAUAUAGUGAGCAAAUUUUUUGUGUGUCACAACUUUUCCUGGGUUAUUUUUUAAAUAAGUCUCUAUUUCUUGAACGUAAUAGGUUUUUAAUGGUGACAUGAAACCCACAUCAAAUGCAAGUGCAACUUAUGUGUAGCGUGUGUGUGGUAAGCACACAGUUGAAUCAUAAUUCUCUACGGCCAUGUGUAUGAUUUCUAUGUUUCUUGUGUGGGAAUAGUGACCAUCCAGCACUAACAAAAUUGGAUCAUCUUUGGUUGGCUUAGUAAAUUUAAUGUGAAAUGUGAAAACCACUGUGUAAAAAUAUCGGUCUGAAUCCAUCUAGAUUUGAAUAAUCUGAGUGGAGAAAAAAUUUUUCCAUCUCCUUUUCAAAUAUUUCGAAAAAUUGGGCUUCGUUUUCGGCGUUAAAUCGUUUAAUCUCGCAACUGAUGUUGAAUGUGGUUUUUGUACCAAUAACUGUCGGUGUUUGGUUAAAAACCCUUGAAGACAUUUUUUACCCGCGGACUCCUUUCUAUUACUAAAAAGAUGCUUUAAACCAUUUAUAAUUGACAAUUUAAAAACCACAUAUUUGACAUCUCUAUGAAGACCAAAAUACUUUCUUUCCAUUUCAAUGCAGUAAUCGGUCAGCUGUUUCUCCAAAACCUCAGGUAAAGCUUGUUUUCUACUCAGAGAUACUUUUACAAGAUCCUGUGCACUCACGUUGCCUUUCACAUAUUGUUCAUUGGUUCAUAAAAUAACAAAAUUGCUAAGAAAAGAGAAACAAGUAGAAUGAGAGAGCUUUUAUCUAGUCCAUUUCAAAAUAAAUGCACCAUAUGGCAUACAUGACAGUAUAUUAAACUAGACUAUACCUUUUGGAACAUUGACUGUUUUGGAGGUGCCUUCUUACGGCAUGAACAGCGCUAAUCAUGGAAUUUUUAUCCCACUGUUUCCUUUUUUUCUUAUUUUCAGUCAUCUGCAAAAAUGACUUAAAAAUUGUUGAAAAAUUAAAAACGCUACGAAUAUGAGAUAUCUCAUAUUAUGAUCCUCGUUAUAUAUCAUAUUAGAAAUUUUAUGAAUAAAUUAUUUUCCACAUUAUUUUUCCAAACUACACAAGUUUUAUGCGUUUUAUUUAUUUAAGACAAUAAACCAACUUUCACACCACAAAUUAACUAAGUGACACCUAUUAAUUUUCUCAUCUUUUUAACAAAAAAAUCACUUCAAAGGGAACACUAAUAUGUGUAUUCCACAAAUGCAUGCUGUCGCUAGAUGGCGACUUUAAGUUUCUUUCCUCUAUAGUAAGUCACUUGCUGCAAAUAUUCACUAUUUCCAAGUCCAAUACUUUUUGUCAAGAGAUAACUUAUUCUGUGGGCGAAGAAGUGAUAGUAGCUCAUACAAUAUCCGAAUUAAAAUUAUGUUCGGGUCACGUUCAUAGUUAAACAACUCAAAUUAUUUGAAUUGUAAUACAUUUUCCAUCAUGACAAUAGUAUCCAUCACACUGGAAGUAGAUAUUGAAAAAUCUACAGUAUUGGAAAUUAUACACGUAAAAUACACAUAUUUAUUAGAAUAAAUUACAUUUUUUUCAUCUACAUCGGCGUUUUUAUAAAUAUUGUAGGUCUGUGAUAUGAGUGUACUGUAAUUUAAAAAGAAAAUCAUAUUUUAAUAGUUUCAUCUUGGAAAAAAAAUGGAAUGCAAACAAUCAGCUGCAAAACUGAUAAUUCGGACCAAAAAGUGAAAGGACAUUUAAAAUGGAAUUAUGGAUUAAGUAUAUUGUAAAAUUUAGUACACAUUUAAAGCAAUACUUUUCAGCUUGCAUGUGUUGGUCCCUUAUAAAAUAUAUAUUAUAUAUACUUAAAUAGUGUAAAUAUGUUUUUCAAAAUAUAACACAAAAAUUUGAUCGCUACAUUUAAUUGAAAAAAUUCGAUGUUUAAAAUGCAAAUAUAUUGUACUCAAGAUAAAACACCCGUAUCAAAUUAUUGUGGAAUAAAAUUGUUUUACCUUUUCAAAUUUCCUAUUGUUCAUUUAUGUAACAAUAUUUAAGCAGACUAUAUCUUAUCUGCUUUUUCAAUAACUUGUCGAUAUCUGCUUAAUGUUUAAGGACAAUCAAUGAUGAUAAAUGGUAUUUGGUGACAAGUAUUUUGAAAAAAAGAAAACUCUUCAUAAAGUCUUAGAACCAAUGUUAGAAUUCCUCAUACAAAAAUAGUUUUUAUUUAGAUAGUACUAGUUUUAAUUGUUUUACAAGAGUAUACUGAGUUUUAAACAUAAUAUAUUUUGUACGUCUAACAAUAGAAGUAUAUUUUGAUAUUGACAUUGGUAAUUAUAAAAUUUUCAGAUAAUUUCUCUAGAUUGGCACUAAUUGAAUUUCAAAAUAUACAUCUACUAUAUAAGAUUAUAGGUAUUGAUGUUGUUAGUCUUUGUCAUAAUUUCAACAGUAUUGUUUUUAGAAUAAAAUAGAAGUCCUCUACUAGUUCAGAUAUAUACAAAGAACUGGAAUACCGAUAGAAACAUUUAUUUUUAUCCUAAUGUAAAUAAUUAUGUGACUAACUGUCUUUCUACUGCUUCAGAUAUUACAUAUUCAUACUGUGUUCCAUGUCAAUAAAUUCGAAUAGCAGCAGAUAAAGAUUUAUUGUUAGUUUUCAACCUAAGCGUCAUUACUACUGAAUUGGGUUGUCACUCAAUUGUGUUUUUAUUGGAGGUACAUUUUCCCACAUAGAAGCUUCAUCUUUUAAGGACAGUCCCAGAUAGAAAUCUUCAGAUAUUAUUACUACCAUAAAAAGUCCACUCUCACAUAAUUAGAAAUAACCAAAUCCUUCUUAUAGGAUGGUCUGUCAUAUAUUCAACCACAUUAGAAGGUGGAGUGAUUUCAAUUAGGUAUGAGAUAAAAGUAAAUAACAAAAAUACAACUGUGAGAUUAGAAUCAACUACAACAAGGGUUACAAUUGUAUUGAACACUAGAUACAUUUAGAAAAAACAUAGAAUUAUAUAUCAACGUCUAUGAUAACAUCACAAGUAAGAAAGUCAACUUAUAAAUAAGCCAAUAAUUAUAUACAUUUGAUACGUUUCUAUUAGUUCUACUGAACGAUAAUUCUUUAGUUAGAUUCUAGAGGUAUUGUGUGAAAAUAUACAGCACUAUUGAAAUUAUAAUAAUACAAUUCUGUCCCAAUUUUAUUAUAAAUUUGGUAUUAUGUUUUCAAGUAUUAUUUUUAGAAAUAACUGUUCUUGUAAAUACCUAUGUAUAGUUAUUUAUAAUGUUGUAUUUUACGCUAUGAAUUGUAGAAAUUACAAUAGAAAAAGUUCUCUAGCUCUGCUUAAACUUUUUCAUAUUAAUAUAUCCAUUAUUUUAAUUGUGUCUAUACAUUCAAGCUACAUAAUCUUUUUGUUUGUAUUUUUUUAAUCAUACAUAUCCUCGAAAAGCGCAAUAACUGUUUUUUAUUCUAUUUACAAUUCCAUUUUUGAUAUUACACAGGGUGAAGCUAGAUGAGAAAGGAGUGCUACUAUUGCUUCAUAUUAUUUGUCUAAAUAAUGUAUAGCAUCUUGUGUUAACCAACAACAUUUUAAGCAAUGUCGCCAUCAGACUCUAAAAAAUUUUUCAAUAGCUAUUUUGGCAUCUAUUUUCUAUUUUUGAAAUUUGCUUUGAUAGGAGCACAGAAAUUUCUUUAUAUCCUAUUAAAGGAAAACGAUUUUUAAAUGUGAAAAAAUUAUCGGUAUCAAUUUGAGCUUAGUACAAUUAUUUAAUUUAUGUGGAAUAGAAUACUAAGUAAUGAGCGCACAAUUAGUUGUAGAGAACUAUAAAGAUUAAUUUUUAAUGAUCCUGAAAUAUUGAAUGUCAAAGUCAGAGCUGAAUCAACAACUUGAGCCUAAUGAUUCACCCUGUGUAAAGUAAUACCAUGUUGAAAUUUUAUAUAAUUCGGGGUAAAUGCUUUUGUAAAAAUCUUUUAAUUUCAACUGUAGAUAUUAAGUAAUCUUAUAACGAAUUUAAAAAAAUUAGAUGUACAAUUAUACAGAGUGAUUCUAUAUAUUUUCAACAGGUAAAUUGGUGAUUUUAUAAGCAAACACACUGUAAGAUUGUAUAACAUCGCUUCUAUGAAGUGAACUACUUAUAUUGUAACGGGUUUAUUAAAAUGAGAAUUUAUACUGAAAUAAUUUACAAGGAAAGCUCAUUUACUCCUUUUUAAUUUAAUUUUUUAUUCAAAGUUGGCAACAUUGCUUGAAAAUAUUAUCUAAUAUCUAAGUGAUCAAAACAAAUGAAAAAAUCAUGCAUCGGACGACUCAAGUCUAUUAUUUGAGGUAUUUAUGUUUUUUGUGGAAGUACUGAUAGAGAAAUUACCACAAAUAGUGAAGCAGUUGAUUUACAUAAAAGAGUGUGAUGACAGGACUCCCUGGCCAUUUCUAAAAUCAAAUCUUGGAAUAUAGAUUUAUUUAAGAAUUCAAUUUUUUUACUUUGUUCUCAUGCUAGAAACAAAUCUCUUACUACCUCUCAAAAACAGAAAUGUUUUUGAUAACAAUAAUUACUAAUUCAUUUCUGGUUUAUUUUUUGUCAAAAGAUCAAAACAUUGUAUUCUUCGCAUCUUCUGUGAACGUUAUUUUCGUUUAAAACAAAUGAAUUGGGCACUAGUUAUAUCUUAUCAACACUUUAUAAGUAAAACAUUUUAUUAUUUUUACACAUUAAUGUACUGUUAGUAACCACGUCGUUCAACAUUUUACCUAUAAAUGGUGCUAAAAUAUAUAAAGAAAUGACAUAUACCAUGUGUUGGUUUUAGCCGUAAAAGUCACAAGCAAAUAUUACGUUUUUUUAAAUAUAUGAAUUAAUAUUAUUAUAAUAUGUCAAUACCUACCUAGCAAUGGUGCCAACUUUUUUAGUCUAUUUCGAGUAUUAUUUUUAUUUUAAGUACUUACUAACAAUAUUUUCGUUUAGGAAUAGUUUAUUAAUAAUCAUUAUAAUUUUUUUUAGGGUAGCUAUUAUUUUUAGAUAUUUUUUACAAUAUUUUGAGGUAUAUUGAUAGUUACGAAUAUUAAAAUCUGACAUUCACAAAUUGUAAAAAUUGUAAUGGAAAUGUCGCUAUUGCUCUGAAUUAUUAUCAAUAAAAGAUUAUAUAAAAAAUCGUU